CAACAUAAAUUGUUACUAUAAUAGUGAUCUUCUAAUUUUGGAAUUUUAAUUCCUUUUUUAUCCUCAUUUAAUAAAGUACAAUAUAAAGGUAACGCAAAAAACGCCAAUAAAUCCAAAUAAUUUUUUUUUUUAAAAAAAAAAGGUUAAAAUUGGACAAAAGAAGUGAAGCUCUAGUUACAAUGGAAACUGAAUUUAGUAAAUUAAAUAUCUCUGAUGAAAACUCUAAUAAAGAUUCUAAUUUGGAAAACAUCAGCCAAAAAAAUUGUUCUUAUUGCAAUAAACCAUUUACCAAAGAAUUAUGGUGUAAAGAAUGUGAUCCAUUUAGAAUGAUUGAAGGUUGGACCAGCAGAAAUAAUGAUAUUGAUAAAUUUAUCAAAGACAUAAUUUAUGAUGCAAGAAAGUCUAAUGGUCGGUUUUAUGAUUUCAAAAUUCUUGAGUGGGUACCAUUUGAUAGAUUUGAGGACUUAAAACAAAUUGGUGAAGGUGGAUUUGCAAAAGUAUAUUCUGCAACAUGGAUUGAUGGUAAAGUAAAAUAUUUCAAACAAGAUGAUGGAAGUUGGAAAAAAAGAGAAUCAGAAUCUAUUAAAGUUGCUUUAAAAAGGUUAAAUGGAUCACAAAAUAUGUCAGCUGAGUAUUUAAAUGAGCUUAAAAUACAUUGGAAAUUUACUGUGUUGAGUGAUUUUUUAUUAAAAUUUUAUGGAAUAACUAAAGAUCCAGAAACUGAAGAAUUUUUGAUGAUUUUAGAUGUUGCACAGAAAGGAAAUUUGAGAAGUUUUCUUUCAAGUAAUUUCAAUAAAAUUUUAUGGAAUCAUAAAAUUGGACAUUUAUAUUGGAUUGCAAGUAAUCUUGAUGAUUUACAUGGAUUAGGAUAUUUUCAUAAAGAUUUUCAUAGUGGAAAUAUAUUACAAAUUAGUGAUUAUAAAUCUUACAUAUCAGAUUUUGGAUUAUCAGGACCAUCAAAUAAACAAAAAUCAGAUGAUAAAAUAUGUGGAGUAUUACCAUAUAUUGCCCCAGAAGUUUUAAAUAAAGAACCAUAUACAUUUUCUUCAGAUAUUUACAGUUUUGGUGUAAUUAUGGCUGAAUUAUCUUCUGGAAAACCACCUUUUUAUGAAAGAAAACAUGAUUUAAGUUUGGCAUUAGAAAUAUGUAAUGGACUCAGACCAGAAUUUGGAAAAGGGACUCCUGAAAUUUAUAAAAAACUAGCUUAUAAAUGUAUGAAUGCUAAUUCAAAUCAAAGACCAACAGCCAAAGAAUUAUAUGAUAUAAUAAGUUUUUGGUAUAAUUCUUUUGAUGAACAUUAUCAAGAAAUAGAAAAAUAUGGUUAUAAAGGAAAAGAAAUUAAGGCUAUAUUUGAAGAAGCUGAUAAAGAAAUACCAAAUAUUUCAACUACAUAUAAAAAAAUUUCUGAUGCAAUAUAUACUAGUAGAUUAUUUGCAUUCAACAAUUUAACAAAACCUGUUAAUUCAUCUAUUAUUACUUCAUAUCUUGAUGAUGAUGAAAAUAAUGAAGAUAAUCAAGAUUCUCAAUUAGUUGAUUUAGAAGUUUCUAGCUCAUUAUUACAAUCAAAAGAUGAUAUUAGUAAUGAAAAUAGCAUUGUUAACUAAGUCAUUUAUUUUAUGAUAUUUAAGCUUCUUUAUUUAUUCACUCAAAAUUACAAGUAUCGACCCGAUUUAAAAGUCAAGUCGGGUCAAAAUAACCCGGGUACUCGGAUUAUUCGGAGCAUUAAAAAUAACAGAUUGUUAGUAAUGAAAAUAGCAUUGUUAACUAAGUAAUAAUCAAACUGUUCAUUUAUUUUAUGAUAUUUAAACUACUUUAUUUAACAUUACUUUUUUUGAAUUAUUGUUUAUAAUUUAUAUUUUUUUCCUCGAUAAUUU